AUGACGGUGACUCUCUUCCAGUUGUGGGCGGUCAUGGAGAUAUAUACUGUUCACCAGUUCCCGCUCCUCAAGGAGUACCCUCCGCCCUUUCCGCCAGAAGUGUUAGACAUAUUGCAGCUUUCCAAAUACGAAGAUUUAGCCCGUCUUCAGAGAUACAACAAUAUCUGCAAAAGCGUGAAUCACAGUGUUGAUUCAAAGCUCUUACGUUAUUCUCCGAUCCUCCAUGAUAUUGAAACCGCGUCCUCUACGGCAAAAGAUCGGAAAAAGGUGGAACUGAAUGGAAUCAACGAGCUAUAUUCAAGUCUUUCCCAGAGGAUAACAUCAACAAUCUGCACUCGAAAGCGAGAUCCACCGGGUACAGGCUGUAGACACUGCAGACUCAAAAAGCUGAGAAAGAAGCUGCAAAUAACAGCCCACAAAGACUUUCUACCUGAGGAGAGCACAAAACAUGCCGCUGUUCAACGGAGAGCGAUCCUUUUUGAGCUUGCCAUGCCGUCCUGUUUGGCUGCAUAUCGGGACACAUCAUGGAGGAUACUAGCCAAAUUUGGAAGACCAAAAGAUGAAAUGGAAGCAAGUCUACCUCCACCUAGGGUACUUUUAUCCCGAUGGGACUCUUUAAGACCAUAUGUCAAUCAUCGCGAAUUACGGUUCCAUUUAGCAUCCACGACGAAAUCGUUCCUUGUCUCCCACUAUAAAGGAUCAGCACUCCCUGUAACAAAUGCCCAAAUACUUCUUCCCUUCGGGCUUCGGUUAUUAUACUAUGAUACGAGAGAGGAGAGAUGGGCAUCGCAUCUAUCCUCGGGGUUCACAUUCGCACAUUCGUUCGGACUGCACCAAUCAAUCCUCACCCUGCUGGGACCCGAAAACGCUUCGGAAUUCGCGGCAGACGCAGAUGGGCGGUCGUCGUAUAAAAUAAUGAGCUUCCAGAACCAAUCUCCAGGAAGUGCUCGGUCCACACGGUCUUUGAAGAUGUCACGUUUUGUGAUCGGCUGGCAACUCAAAUCGAAAGUUUAUUACAAGGGAUCUCGGAUAACUGGCGCGAAUCUUUUCGCAUGGAGGCGUUGA